UUAAACAUAUUGACAAAUGAAAUUGGUACUCUUUAUUUUUCUCUUGAACAUUUGAUGACUGGUACUACAAAUCACAUCUUAGUUCAUCCUGUAGAAUCUUCUUUAAACUUUUUCCCAGCAAAAGUGAGUAGUUUCUAGUUACGCUAUGAGUAUUUGGAGUCACUUUACUUGAUGAGUGCAGCCCUGUUUUCUUGGUGGAAUUUAGCUUUUCAUCACUGGGCAUAGAGUUAAGAUUUAAGGUGGAUACUGAAUUAGUCUUAUGCACUGAAGGUAUUCGAUAUUUUGACAAGCUAAAUUUUAAACUUGGAAACACCUCCAUAGUUGAUGAACUUUGGCAAGUAUUGGGUAUGGUGGCAUUUCACAUCAUUCCAUGGCAUUGCAGGAGAUACAAGCGGCUCUUUUUCAAGGCUUCACUGCUUUCAGCCACCUCAAGCACAUUCAUGCACGCCUCCUGCGGUUCUACCUCAAUCAGAACCACUAUUUAUUAAAUAAGUUGUUAAAAUGCGCCUUUCAUUUCAGCCACCCGGACUAUGCCGUGACUGUAUUUAGGCAGACCCAUGAACCCAAUAUUUAUUUGUACCAUACUAUGAUUCGUGGGUUGGUCUCAAAUGAUUGUUUUAACCAAGCUAUAGAUUUCUUCUACUUGAUGCGCAAAGAAGGAUUUUUGCCUAACAAUUUUACGUUCCCUUUUGUUCUCAAGUCUUGCUCGAGGAACUUGGAUUUUGGGCUGGGUGCAAAGGUUCAUUCUCUGGUUGUCAAAGUGGGUUAUGAUGGUGAUGUUUUUGUGAAGACCGGCUUGGUGGGGUUCUACUCAAAAUUGGAGAGGCUGGAGGAUGCCCAGAAGUUGUUUGAUGAUAUUCCUGAGAAGAAUGUGGUUUCUUGGACUGCGAUAAUGGGUGGUUAUGUUGGAGCUGGAAGAUUCAGAGAGGUGGUUGAUUUAUUUAGGAAGUCCUUGGCAAUGGGUUUAAGGCCAGACAGUUAUACGCUUGUUCGGGUUUUAUCUGCAUGCAGUCAGCUGGGAGAUUUGGGGGCUGGCCAGUGGAUUCAUAAGUAUGUUUUGGACAUAGGAAUGGGUAGUAAUGUGUUUGUGAAUACUUCUUUGGUAGAUAUGUAUGCGAAGUGUGGAAACAUGGAGAAGGCUCGUGCCGUGUUCAAUGAGAUGCUAGAAAGGGAUAUUGUUACUUGGGGUGCCAUCAUUCAAGGUUAUGCCGCAAAUGGACUACCAAAAGAGGCUUUAGAAAUGUUCCAUAGAAUGCAAAAGGAGAAUUUGAAACCAGAUUGCUAUGUCAUGGUUGGGGUGCUCUCUGCAUGUGCAAGGUUAGGAGCUUUGGAACUGGGAGAACGGGCUAGCAGCAUGAUGGACAGGAGUGAGUUUCUCUCAAAUCCUGUAAUGGGUACUGCCUUGGUUGACAUGUAUGCUAAAUGUGGGAAGAUGGCCGUAGCCUGGGAAGUCUUCAAAAGGAUGAAAGUGAAGGAUCUUAUAAUUUUUAAUGCAGUCAUAUCAGGCUUGGCUAUGACUGGCCACGUGAAAGCUGCAUUUUGUUGUUUUGGUCUAUUAGAGAAAUGUGGGUUGAAGCCUGAUGGAAAUACCUUUCUUGGUCUGCUUUGUGCGUGUUCUCAUGCUGGUCUUGUUGAUGACGGGCGUAGAUAUUUCUAUGCCAUGAGUUGCUUGUAUUCUUUAACUCCUACUAUUGAGCAUUAUGGAAGCAUGGUUGAUCUUCUUGCUCGAGCAGGUUUGUUAGAUGAAGCCCAUCGAAUGGUGUGGAAUAUGCCAAUGAAGGCUAACGCUAUAGUUUGGGGAGCUUUGUUGGGUGGCUGUCGGUUACACAAGAACACUCAAUUGGCUGAACAUGUCCUGAAACAGUUGAUAAAAUUAGAACCCUGGAACUCAGGAAACUAUGUCCUUCUAUCAAACAUUUACUCAGCUAACCAGAAAUGGGAUGAGUCGGAGAAUGUUAGGUCAAUUAUGAAAGAGAGCGGCAUUCAGAAAGUGCGUGGCUAUAGUUGGAUAGAGAUAAAUGGAAUUGUUCAUGAGUUCCUUGUUGGAGAUACUUACCAUCCUAUGUCGGAUAAAAUAUAUGCAAAACUCAUGGAGCUGGCCAAAGAACUGAGAGCAGCCGGCUAUGUGCCUACUACAGAAUUCGUGCUCUUCGACAUUGAAGAGGAGGAGAAGGAGCAUUUCCUGGGUUGCCACAGUGAGAAGCUAGCUCUUGCAUUUGGCCUAAUUUGUACUAACACUGAUGCAGUCAUCCGAAUAGUUAAAAACCUUCGAGUAUGUGGCGAUUGUCAUACAGCCAUCAAACUCAUCUCAAAGAUAACGGGACGAGAAAUUAUUGUCCGGGAUACUAACCGUUUCCAUCACUUCGUGGAUGGAUCAUGCUCAUGUAGAGAUUAUUGGUGAGGUAUGGUCAGGCUGAUAAUGAAAUUACACCAGUCACUUUUGCUA